AUGGCUGAAGAAAGACCUCAAGCUGGACAAGCUCGCAGAACGGGGAAUUUAAAUCUCUUAUCCUUAUAUAAAAAACUAAGAAGCGAAUUAAAAAUUAAGAUAUGUGAUGCACGUGAUAAUUAUUUUAAAAAUGUUUUAGAGGAAAGUGCUCAGGGCUCUGACAUUUGGUCCAAGCUGAAAAAGCUAGGAAUUAUUAAACCUAGGCAGUCUUCACCACUGGAUCACUUUGAUGCGAAUUUACUGAAUAAUUUCUACGCUAGUACUGUAACCAAAUACCCGUCAUGUGACAAAAAUUUCGUCUUUGAUCUACCCAAUCAUCAUACGAAACAAGUAAAUUGUGUCUUCAACUGGUCAAAGUUAGAUAUUGUUGAUUUGUAUGAGGCUGCAGACAAACUUACUGUCGAUGCUCAAAGUGUGGCAGACUGGGCUCGUGAAAAUGAUCUACAAUUAAACUUCAAUAAAACUAAGGUCAUGAUCCUAGGCAGCAAAGGAAAACUGAAGUUACUUGAUGGUUUUGACCUACCACCAAUCAUUGUUGAUGGUAAUGUCAUACCUUAUGUCGAUACCACUAAACAUCUAGGCAUCGAACUAUCGAAUAACCUCUCAUGGAAUGCUCAUACUUCGCAAAUCUCUAGGAAGGCCUAUGCUGCGUUAAACAGCUUGAAUAUCUUAUCUCAAUCUUGUCGCAAGCUACUUGUCACUACUACCAUCCUACCGAUAAUUAAUUAUUGCUCUCUUGUAUUGUUAGACUUAUCAAAAGGACUUGAUAUCAAAUUACAACGCAUACUAAAUAGUACAAUAAGAUUCAUCUUUAAUCUUAAGCGGGAUGAGCAUAUCACGCCCUAUCGUCAAGAUUUAAGAUGGCUCAGUAUUAGGAUGCAUGGGAUUUAUAGUCUGGCAUGUUAUUUUUACAAGUUAUUGCAGACUGGAGAACCAAAAUAUCUGCGAAAACUGUUCUGUGAUGAAGAUGAAAGUGUUAGGCGUUCGGAUAGACUUGCUCAGAAGAAUAAUAAUAUUAUCUUUAGAAUUCCUAAUUUCCAUCAUUCUGUUGUCUUUGAAACGCUCAUUCGUAGUGUCAGCCAUACGCCUAUGGCAGGAACUUCCGCUGGAUGUCAUAGGCUCUUUAUCAAUAGGGAGUUUUAA